AUGGCUCCGGUCGGAUUACCUCCGGGCUUUAGAUUUCAUCCGACGGAUGAAGAACUUGUAAACUAUUAUCUGAAAAGAAAGAUAAAUGGUCAAGAAAUUGAACUUGAUAUAAUCCCCGAGGUUGAUCUCUACAAAUGUGAGCCAUGGGACCUCUCAGAGAAGUCAUUUCUGCCAAGUAGAGAUCCGGAGUGGUAUUUUUUUGGGCCACGCGACCGGAAGUAUCCGAACGGGUUUAGGACGAACCGAGCAACGAGAGGUGGAUAUUGGAAAUCGACUGGGAAAGAUCGGAGAGUGACGAGUCAAAGCAGAGCGAUUGGGAUGAAAAAGACUUUGGUUUAUUAUAGAGGAAGAGCUCCUCAAGGCAUCCGUACGGAUUGGGUUAUGCAUGAGUAUCGUCUCGAUGAUAAGGAUUGUGACGAUCCUUCUUCGCUUCAGGACUCGUAUGCAUUAUGUCGGGUGUUCAAGAAGAACGGAAUAUGUUCGGAGUUGGAGACAGAACAUCAAUUACAAACGGGGCAAUGUAGCUUCACGACGGCGUCGUUGGAGAUUAACUCGAAUAAUUUUAACAAUAACGAAUAUGAGACAAUGUCUCCGGAAGUGGUAGUUUCCUCCGCCUGCGUAGAAGACGUUGUCGACGAUAAAGAUGAUUCAUGGAUGCAGUUUAUCACAGAUGACGCGUGGGACACGUCUUCAAACGCUACAGCUAUGGGACAUGGUCAAGGGGUUUACUGA